AGGGAUGGAGGUGGGAGGUUUGCAGGGGGAGGCCGGAGGGUGCUGGGUGUGGGUGUGAAAAGGCUGGGGAGACACCAGUUCUCUGUCCGUCGUGCCUGGUGCAGUGCUUUAUGCACCGCAGGCCUCAGUCACUGUUGCUGCCAGAGUGUGUUCUUUGGGAGAAGGGAAGGGCAGGGGUUGGAGAAAAGGGAAUCCUUGCGGGAAACGUAGUGGGAGUGUGUGCAGGGAGCGAGAGGCCGAAGGGAAAGAUGCCGGGUAGGUGGAGGAAUGCAGAGGGUGGCUGUGGAGGAGUCUUGAGGAGUCCGGGGGGUAUUCAUUGUGCAGAUACAUUAGGGAUUUCGUUAUGGAAAGAACUGAAGCGUUUCUAAGGAAAGGAAAGAAGGGAUGCAAGGAGUUUCCGCGAAUAGAAAGGACCGCGUUUGAAGCCAGAGGAAGUGCUGAAUACUAGAGACUAUGAAGAGAAUGCAUGAUAGAAUAGACAGAUGUAGUAGAAUUAAUAAAUGUUGGCCCAAGGACUAAAGAGUUAUUCCAGAUGGGCCAGGAUGGCCUAGUUCUGAACCUGUUUGGGCUCUUCUGUAGAUGACAUCUGGACUUGGAUGGCAUAAGUGAUUAAAGUGGUGUUGAGGGUCUCUGAAGCUUACGAAAGGUAGAAACUCAACCAUGAUUUCUUUUUCAACUCUACAGCAUUCCCUUCCUUGAAGUCUUCGUUUUUACCUUAGUCUCAGGCAGUUAUACUUAAGCAUGAACAUUGACGACAAACUGGAAGGAUUAUUUCUUAAAUGUGGCGGCAUAGACGAAAUGCAGUCUUCCAGGGCAAUGGUUGUAAUGGGUGGAGUGUCUGGCCAGUCUACCGUGUCUGGGGAACUGCAGGAGUCGGUACUUCAAGACCGGAGUAUGCCUCACCAGGAGAUCCUUGCUGCAGAUGAAGUGUUACAAGAAAGUGAAAUGAGACAACAGGAUAUGAUAUCACAUGAUGAACUCAUGGUCCAUGAGGAGACAGUAAAAAAUGAUGAAGAGCAGAUGGAAACACAUGAAAGACUUCCUCAAGGACUACAGUAUGCACUUAAUGUCCCUAUAAGUGUAAAGCAGGAAAUUACUUUUACUGAUGUAUCUGAGCAACUGAUGAGAGACAAAAAACAAAUCAGAGAGCCAGUAGACUUACAGAAAAAGAAGAAACGGAAACAACGUUCUCCUGCAAAAAUCCUUACAAUAAAUGAGGAUGGAUCACUUGGUUUGAAAACCCCUAAAUCUCACGUUUGUGAGCACUGCAAUGCUGCCUUUAGAACGAACUAUCACUUACAGAGACAUGUCUUCAUUCAUACAGGCGAAAAACCAUUUCAAUGUAGUCAAUGUGACAUGCGUUUCAUACAGAAGUACCUGCUACAGAGACAUGAGAAGAUUCAUACUGGUGAAAAACCAUUUCGCUGUGAUGAAUGUGGUAUGAGAUUCAUACAAAAAUAUCACAUGGAAAGGCAUAAGAGAACUCAUAGUGGAGAAAAACCCUACCAGUGUGAAUACUGUUUACAGUAUUUUUCCAGAACAGAUCGUGUAUUGAAACAUAAACGUAUGUGCCAUGAAAAUCAUGACAAAAAACUAAACAGAUGUGCCAUCAAAGGUGGCCUUCUGACAUCUGAGGAAGAUUCUGGCUUUUCUACAUCACCAAAAGAUAGCUCACUGCCAAAAAAGAAAAGGCAGAAAACUGAGAAAAAAUCAUCUGGGAUGGACAAAGAGAGUGCUUUGGACAAAUCUGACCUGAAGAAAGACAAAAAUGAUUACUUGCCUCUUUAUUCUUCAAGUACUAAAGUAAAAGAUGAGUAUAUGGUAGCGGAGUAUGCUGUUGAAAUGCCACAUUCGUCAGUUGGGGGAUCGCAUUUAGAAGAUGCAUCAGGAGAAAUACAUCCACCUAAGUUGGUUCUCAAAAAAAUUAACAGUAAGAGAAGUCUGAAACAGCCACUGGAGCAAAAUCAAACAAUUUCGCCUUUAUCCACAUAUGAAGAGAGUAAAGUUUCAAAGUAUGCUUUUGAACUCGUGGAUAAACAAGCUUUACUGGACUCAGAAGGCAAUGCUGACAUCGAUCAGGUUGAUAAUUUGCAGGAGGGGCCCAGUAAACCUGUGCACAGUAGCACUAAUUAUGAUGAUGCCAUGCAGUUUUUGAAGAAGAAGCGGUAUCUUCAAGCAGCAAGUAACAAUAGUAGGGAAUAUGCGCUGAAUGUGGGUACCAUAGCUUCUCAGCCUUCUGUAACACAAGCGGCUGUGGCAAGUGUCAUUGAUGAAAGUACUACGGCGUCCAUACUAGAUUCACAGGCAUUGAAUGUGGAGAUUAAGAGUAACCACGACAAAAAUGUUAUUCCAGAUGAGGUACUGCAGACUCUCUUGGAUCAUUACUCCCAUAAAGCUAAUGGACAGCAUGAGAUAUCAUUCAGUGUUGCGGACACUGAGGUGACUUCUAGCAUAUCAAUAAAUUCUUCAGAAGUACCUGAGGUCACCCAGGCAGAGAAUGUUGGAUCAAGCUCCCAAGCAUCCUCAUCAGAUAAAGCCAACAUGUUGCAGGAAUACUCAAAGUUUCUGCAGCAGGCUUUGGACAGAACUAGCCAAAAUGAUGCCUAUUUGAAUAGCCCGAGCCUUAACUUUGUGACUGAUAACCAGACCCUUCCAAAUCAGCCAGCAUUCUCUUCCAUAGACAAGCAAGUCUAUGCAGCCAUGCCCAUCAACAGCUUUCGAUCAGGAAUGAAUUCUCCACUAAGAACAACUCCAGAUAAGUCCCACUUUGGACUAAUAGUUGGUGAUUCACAGCACUCGUUUCCCUUUUCAGGUGAUGAGACAAACCAUGCUUCUGCCACAUCAACACAGGACUUUUUGGAUCAAGUGACUUCUCAGAAAAAAGCUGAGGCUCAGCCUGUCCACCAAGCUUACCAAAUGAGCUCCUUUGAACAGCCCUUCCGUGCUCCGUAUCAUGGAUCAAGAGCUGGAAUAGCUACUCAGUUUAGCACUGCCAACGGACAGGUGAACCUCCGGGGACCAGGGACAAGUGCUGAAUUUCCAGAAUUCCCCUUGGUGAAUGUAAAUGAUAACAGAGCUGGGAUGACGUCUUCACCUGACGCCACAACCAGCCAGACGUUCGGCUAAGCAGAUGUGUAAAUAAUACUGGCACUUUAGAACAGAUUGAUCAAGAGUGGGGUUACUCUGUGUAAAAUGGAGUGCUGUACAGACUUAAGAGCAAUGCGUUAUAACAAGUUAAGCUGAUAGGAAUAGCACGAUAAUCCAAUAACUGCAUUUUGUUUGGUUAGUCAGCAUUCUUUGAACUGCCUUACAUGUUGUCACCUUUAUAGAAGCAAUGCAUUACUUGUUUUAGAACAGAAACUUGCUAUUCCACCUACACCGAGUUUAAAAGGAAAAAAAAGACUUUCGCACACUCGUUUCCUAACCGAUAACGUUGUACAUUCUGAGGAGAUUAGUAAUUGUGUGAAAUUUACUCAUACUGUUUCUAAGUUUUUCAGCAUAGUCAUUGCACUUCAGCAGGGAAUCUGAGUAUACUUUACAGACAGAGUGAACUUAAAAGUUUAAAUGUCAAGAGAUUAUGGCUUAAAUAAAUUAGUGUGUCCUAUAGGGGGAAAAAAGAAACCAAGAAACCACCUUUUAAAAAGAAUGAUAUGCCAUAUACCCUUGAUUUUCAUUUCGCAUUAUACUGACUUUUUUUUUUUGAGAAAAAAAGUAAUAAAAAUCUGAUAGUCUAAGACUCCACUAUUUAAAGGCCUAAUUACUUUUAAAAUAUGCAUACUUUCAAAACUUUUACCAAAAUACGUAACUGUUGAAGCAUUCACUUCUCUAUGGAAGUAUGCAUAUUGGUGUCAGUUUCUUUGUACAGUUGUACUUAGAUAUUUUUUAUGAUUUUUCAUGUGCAGGUAUCAAGGUUUUGAAGUUUUAGUAAAAAGAUAUUCUGUAGAUUACAUUCCCAAGAACAUAAUGCUUACACAAAAUGUAUAUUCCACGUUUUAAAGCUUAAUUGUAUUUUACUUUACAUAUACACUUCAGUUAACAUAGAGCACUUAGAAUCUAUUUGGUAUUUUUGAUUUCUCAAAGUAAAAAAAAAAUUAGAUUUUUAGGUUUGAUAUGGUUGUGUCAUAAUCAUCUCAUAAUUGACUAUUUUAAUUUUUGGCAAUAAAAGGAAAUUGGGUAUCUUUGGAACUGUAAAACCUGGUUUAAUCCUUCUCUUUCUAGAAUCUUGAUAGAUUGGAUAAUUAAACAGUAUCCAGAGAAACUAAAGAAAUGGGCAUUUUAAUUGCUUAUUUUAUCUUGAAUUACUUUUUAAUGAACACUGCUCAUUACAAUUUUACAAACCAAAAGUGUUUACUAAUUCUAGUAACUACAAUUUCUUUUUCAGCUAGAUGAGUGAUCGGAAAUUUUUUGUUGCAUUUCAAAAUCUAAAUAAACUACAGACUUUAUCCUUAUACCACGAAUGUUUUUUUUUUUUAUACUUUGUCUUAAAAUAAUACAGCAUGGUACAAUAAAUAGUGCUUUUAUAUAAACACAUAUAUAUACUUUUCUAAAGAAUGACGGUUUGAGUUACACAUGGACAGUUCUAAUUUUUGGAAAAUAACAUUAGUUCUAUUGAUAUUAUGCUCUUUAAUUUGUUCCAACUUUUUAUUUUAAUUUCCAACAACUUUGUCACAAUGCACAUACUGAUGUAGCACCAGUGAUAAUCUAAAAUGAAUAUCCUUGGAAGGUAAAACUUUAUUGUUGCUAAUUUCCACUUUAACUUUUAUGUUGGCCCUAUAGAUCUGCAGUCUUUUUCAGUAUAGAAUGUUAUACGUUUAAAUUAUUUUUUCUUUUAUUUAAUGUUAUCCGAAGAGUGUUCUCAUAAAGAAAGGGAACAAAGAAAAUAUCCACCCUUAACAUCUUUUACAUUUAUUUUGAAUAUUUUGGUGUUUUAUGAUAAUGAGUAUAAAUUAUGUUUAAUGUGGUUUCCUCUAUACUUUGGUUAUUAAGCUUUGCUUGAAAUAUUAAUUUUCCUAUUUGACAGCUUUGCUGCCAAAUUUUUCAAGAAUUUCAGACUUCUUUGAAGUAGAUAUUUAAGUUCUGCCAUUAUUGACUUUUAAGAAUGGUGUGUGUUGUGUUACACAUCACACAAUUGCAAGAAGGCUUUGUUCAAGUGAGAUGUUAAAGAUGGAACUGUGCUCAUCCUAUACAGGCGUUUGUAUUUUUCUCAUACUACUAUUUGAUAAUAGGCAUUUAUUUCCUGAGUUGGUUUUUUAUUUUGAGCCUGAUCAAAAAUUUUGUUCUAUUAACAGCUUUGAUGUAGUUCUUGGUACAGUAUACAGUUUGUUUUAACAUCACCGGCACAGUUUUUAGAAUGUGACUCUGCUGCUGAGCAGUUAGGUUAAGCUAAGGAAGGAAGGCCUUUGCAAAUGGUAGUUAUGCAAGCAGAAGUUCAGGUGUUGCAUUCCUGUCUUCAACACAUUUCUUUAAAUCUACAUAAUGGCAGACUUUUCUACCACAUUGUAAGCAUUUUUGAGAAAAGUGAUACUUUAGCAUAACUUACUGACUCACCAUUUAAGUUUAGUAGUCAUCGCUCUCUUACUGUGAAAUUCUAAAUGCCUACCAGAGUUACCUUGUAUUAUCAUCAUAUGAUAAACAUCUCAGCAGUUUGGGUUUCCCCACUUGGGUGUAGAAAGUUACUUCAUUUCUAUCCGGGCAUUAAUAGUAAAAGUAAGUAGCCUUUUGUGCUGCUGUAGAUCAGAAUAUUGAGGCUAUGAGAUACCCUUUUGCAAUUUGGUUCUCAUUUCUCUCAGUGAGCAAAUUGUUCUAUUAAAAUAUGCUCUUCUACCGUUGAACUUUUUGGUCUUUGUGAGUAAGGUAUGCUUUUUUCACUUAGGACCUACUCUCAUGUUUGAAGAUUGGAAACAGGUUGUGUUAGAUGAGGUAAUAUCUGUUGAACAUCUUCUAAAAGCCUUUUUUUUUUUAACAUCUUAUUGUACACAUAUUUCAUUUGGUUCAGAAUAUUUGAGUGGCUCUUAAAUCUUUUGGAUCUCCUUGCAGAUUUUCUACUUGAUACCAUAGAAACCCAUCCUUUUAGCUUUGGCUAAGGACUAUCAGUGAUCGGGUAAUUUUCCCUUGCUGAGAGGCAAAAGAGGUCUUGUGCUCAGGGUAGGCUUUCAUUUCCACAGGGGAGAGAAACUUGCAAAGUGCCAGCUAGGUUAGAUCUUUUGCCACUUCUUUCAUUUUAUCAAUUUGAGUUUUUAAAGGGCUGUUUAAAAAAAAAAAAAGCCGGGAAACUUUAAAAGUAGGCAUUACUGUAGUACUACAUUUCUUAGACAUAGAACAUCUUAAACUAGAACUUGUUUUUUCACAGUAUAAUUACUUGAAGAAGCACUAUUAUAAUCAAUGAGAAACUUUUUGACACUGCAAUUUAAUUUAAACUUUUUCCGUUUCAAAUUGCUUUAUUUCAGGGAAAUAAUUUUCCAGUUGUUUUUGCUAUAUUCUGCAAAUAAAACCGUAUGUUUCCUUUUUUCACUUAAACUUUGGUAGGAAACAAAACUAAAGCAGACAAACAUUUCUUGUUGUGUUUGUUGCUUUCUUUAAUCCAAUGGAUAAAAAAGUAAAACCCUGUAAACAUUAUUUUAUUUUUUUAUGCAAUACCAUGCUGUAAAUACGGUUCAUCAAAUAAGGAUGUACCUAUGAUUGAAUCUUUAAUUCUGCACAGUUAGAGUUUAUAUAUAAACGUGUCUUGACAAUCAAGGACUUUUAUGUGAGUCUUCCUUUAUGAUGUUUAUUAAUGUUAUGCAUUCCAUUUGUUUUGAAGUGAGUACCAAUGUGCUAAUUUGUAUUGUCUGAAAGUAUGUAAUGUUUUUACAGCUUGUUUUUAAGAAUCUGUAAAUAUGUACAAACAAAUCACAGUACUGCUUUAUGUUAGAAGGCAUAUGAUGUUGUACUGUAUGUAAGCAAUAAUACAUAGCAGUGCUAACUUUACAAGUAGCAUCAGGAAAGUUCUAAAAACAUUUCAGAGUUAUUAAUUAUCCUUAUUUCAUUUAAUAAUGAUUAUCUUUAAUCAGUUUUUAUAAGCAAAUUCCAUUGUUCCUCCUAUUGGAACAUAACACUGUUUACACAGCAUAAUUGAAGUUGCAGGGGAGACAGGCUAAAUCUGACUUCAUCUGUACUCACUUUCACUAAGCAUUGAAUGGCCUUACCACUCUUCUGCAAGAUGGAGGAAGACCGCAAAACUUAGUGCCCAUCACACUGAAGGAAGGGGGUGUGUUGUUUUGUUUUGUUUUUUCCUGCUUCUGUACUGCUACCUAACUUUGUGGUUUGCUUUGGAUUUUAAUAUUUGUUUCUGUUUUAGAUUCAAGCCCGUAAGUUUUGAGGUGACUUCAGCUCCAUUGUGAAAUAGUUCUCUUCAUAUUUCAUAGCUACAUUUCAAUAAUUCUAUACUUUCUACUUUGAUUUUUAGAUACUUAUUUUUCAAGCUUGAUUUCUCAGCUGAUCAGAUGAAUUUAUUCAACUUCAAAGAAAGACAAACCUAUUGUAGUUUGAAUUGAGUAGAUAUUAUACUGUACAGAACAGCUAUUUGAACACACACAUCACUGCUUUAGAAAUAAAACCGCCAAUUUAUAAAUGUAUAUGACCUACAUUUUAUAGGAGAAAUGUUUUUAAAUGCUAGUCAUUUAUAUAAUAAUGUGCUUUGAAGGAUUUGCUAGUCCACUUCUGUCACUUUUUAGUACACUGGUAUCUUUUAUAUGUAAUGUAUGCUUUUUAUUAUUGUAGCAAAGCAUUUCAGUAGAACGAAUUUUGCAACAAUAUGGGGGAAAUUUUUCAUUGUUGGAUUUGAAUUAUACUGGAUUUUAUCUGUGUAGUCUUGUCUUUAUUUUAAUGCUGUCUGGAAGGGAACUUGGUAUCCAAAUAAAGCAGGUAACCUCAUUUUACUUCAAGGGCAUACUGUGUAGUGCUGAAUUUAAUCUGGAAAUCUGAUGAUUUUGAAAAGAGAAACACGUUUAUAAAAAUUGUACAGAAGAAAUUAAAUGUGUGAUGGAAAUCCUGAUGGUGGAGCACGUUGAAUUUUCUGAUACAUAGUGUUAUUUUCCUGGGAUCCCCUAUGCCUUCUUUGUAUUUCAACUAAUAAAGGAAAAAAACCCUGUCAUUAAAACUGGUAGGAUAAUAGGAUAUUCUGAUUAUACAGUAUUACUUAUCCCAUUUUCUGACCCUUUCUCAGUCACUGUAAAUUUUUAUUUUCUAUUUCCUAUUGAUAAUUAAACAUGUACAUAAUAUAGACACUGUUGUAUAAAACUGAAUGAAUUGGGUUGUUAUGCUUGAAUGGGUAACUAAAUGGAAAUAUGGAUACUGAGAAUUAUUAAUGUCAGAACAAAUUUCCAGGAGAAAGAGAGGCAUCAUAUGUCCUGGGAAGGUCACAGCAGAUGUUUCUUCAACCCCCUGGGUUAUCUGUGUGAAAGAAUCAACUCUAAACUCAGUAUCUUCUACAAGUGGGUCUUUCCUUCCCCACCUCCCCCCAAAUACAUGAGCAUUAAAUUUCAAAAUCUACUCAGGUGAAAAUUGCUUUGCAAUGGAACUUAUCACAUUGAAAUUUUCACUGUUAAAGAUACUUGUGAUAUUUUUAAAUACAAACUUUGACAUCAGUAGUCAGCCUGACAAUUGAAAUCUGGUAAGCCAGUGUGUUUUAAAAAUACAUUUUAUCCUCCAAAUCGAAUUGUUUUUAAACAAUCGGGAGGACUUGUUUGUUUAAAUGCAUUUUUUAAUUGUCACUGUAAAAAUAAAAUCUUGCUUGACCCCA